AUGACUGACAGCAACAAGUAUUAUCUUUGUGACUUGUGCGGAAACAUUUGUCGAUCAAACUCCGCUUUGAAGACGCACCAGCGCGUCCACACUGGGGAAAAGCCAUACAAAUGCAACGUAUGCUCGAAAAGCUUCAAUCAAAAGUGCAACCUCACCACUCACGAGGCGAUCCACAAUAGUCAAAAGUCCUACGGCUGCAAAGUUUGCCAACGAGCCUUCAGCCAAGAGGCCCACCUUACGCGACACGAACGCAUCCACUCUGGCGAAAAGCCCUACGGUUGCAAAGUGUGUCCAAGUUCCUUCAGUAGUAAGAACGGUCUUGUAUUCCACGAGAUGAUUCAUACAGGCGAGAUGCCUUACGAGUGCAACCUUUGUGAGCAAAGAUUCAGAGACAGUAGCGGUUUGACCAGACACAAGCGGUGGCACACGUGUGGGAAUCUUAAGCCCCACCGAUGUUCGAUGUGUACUAGGGCUUACGAUCACAAAGUCAGCCUGAUACUGCACGAGCGCACCCACGCUGGACACCAGCCGUGCAAGUCCUACGUCUGCGAGUCAGGAACUUAA